AUGCGGGAGGCGUCCUUGAAUGAACGUGCGAAAUGCAUUGGCACUGGCUUCUCCAGGAUCAGCAAAGGCUAUGAACGCACUGCCAGUGUCAUCCUGCAUCCAAUACAAGGCGUCGGCGUUGUCUUGCUGGUUGACAUGUUUACGGCCUCGAAGAUCCAGUUCCAGCCCAGAAUCAGGCUCGUCGGGUGUGUCAGCGCCAUGGUACUGAGCGGAGGCAUUCUUCGAAAAUAG